GCAAAUCAUUGGUCCCGGUUCAUAGCUGGAACCGAGACUAAAGGACCCCCUUACGUCCCGGUUCUAGGCACGAACCGGGACCAAUGUCUGUGGGCCAGGAACGAGGUCCAUUGGUCCCGGUUCGUGCCUAGAACCGGGACAAAUGGGUCCACACGAACCGGGACAAAUGCCUCCCGAGGCUCGGCCGGCCCCGUGGGCGCACGAACCGGGACGUAUGCCCCAUAGGUCCCGGUUCGUGACAGAACCGGGAUUAAUGGGCUGGCCAGGCCCCAGCCAAAGCCCUGUUUUCUACUAGUGGUUGCAACGCACGGGCAUUUAUACUAGUAUUAUCAGAGAGAUCAAGCAAAGUAUGGAGGAACGUGACUCUUCUAUUACUCGUAUAUGUCGUAGUGGCAAUAGUGUUAGUCAUUCCAUGGCAAACUUUGGUAGGGCUAAUGGUCGAACUAUGGGUUGGCUAGGGUCCGGCUCUGUUGCUCUACGAGAUUGUACUCCAUAAUUUUUUUGUAAUAAAGAGUAUUUUGCAAAAAAAGAAAAACUCGUCUCAACCAGUUUCCAAGAAAAAACAGAAUAACUGGAUUCGAUCGAGUCCUUAUCUUGCACGCAUCAGAUUCGUAUCCGUUUUGAACAACAUAAUCAUUAGUUUUUCUUAUUGCACAAGGCAUCGAUAAUUAAGUAGUCGAUGCUCUUCAUUAUAUAUAUGUGUAGAAGCGAAUACGGUAUUACGGCCGAAGCAAAUCAAGUUGGACCGGCGGCGUUUUGCAUUGCCUCUCAAACUCACGAGCCGGCUUCGUUUCCGUCGUCGAUUUCGCCGACUUCGGUCACUUCAGCCAUAGUUAACAACAAGAUGCAUUCCACCACCUUCCCCGCAGUAAAACGAAGAUGCAUGUCUCCUUCCCAGCUGCCUCCGGCAACCCGGUGCACCACAUCGCGCGACGUGUGCUCCGGCGCAUAUUCCUGGCCAGCCUGGGAGUCGCUGCAUGCAGAUUUGGUUUGCCUGGUCGCGUCGGCCUUGCUGGCCAGAGGAGAUCUACUGGACUACGUCCGCUUCCGUGCCGUCUGCGCGCACUGGCGAUCGGCCACGCUCUCUCCACGCGGCCGCGGGGUUGUUGAUCCGUGCUUCCAUCCACGCCGCUGGAUGAUGUUCCCAGAGGACCGUGGCCUUUACCCUGGACAUCCGGAGCUGGGUGGCUACAUCCGCUUCUUUAACCUAGACUCAGGUGCCUUUGUCCGCGUCUGUCUGCCAUUGUUCAGGAACCACUGUAUUCUUGAUUCUGUCUGUGGCCUCCUCCUCCUCCAGAGGGACAAGGACGCAGCCAUCCGUCUUCUACACCCUUUCACCCGUGACAUUGUUGAGCUUCCACGGCUCACCACUCUCGCCACACAAAUGCCCGGGGGAACAAAUUGGUCGCUCCAGCGGAUGAGAUUCAUCUCUACGUGUGCUUCGUUUGUUGCAGGAGUCGUCACUGUCUUGCUUACCUUUAAUAUGUUUGAUGGUGUGGCUGUGGCUACCUCCCUAGACAUGCAAUGGACAAUGCUCAGUUGGGAAUGCCCAGCGUGGUCAUAUCCGGUUUCAUUACACGGCAAGCUAUACGUGGUUGAUAUUCCAGAAAUCGAUGUGACGGGUUCACCAUUGAUUUUCGAGCUGGACGCAGCGUACCACCAUCGAGCCACACCAAAGCUGAUCUUCACAUGCCCCAGAGAGAAGCGCCUCUACUCGUGCUAUCUGGUAGAGCAUGGCUCGGAGAUCUUAGUGGUUUGCCAUGACGACGAUUUCCUAUCCCAUAUUACUGUCUAUAGACUUGCCGAUCUUGUCUUGGGGAAAUUUAUCCCGGUAACAGACAUCGGAGAAAACACUAUAUUCAUGGGACAAAGGAAUAUCUGUGUAUCUUCCAAGGCAUUUCCUACCGUCGAGGCCAAUACUAUUGUCUACUACCGUCCGAUCAAUAACCGUUUUGCACAGUACCAUAUCAGAACAAAGGACUAG